GCACAGCUCCAUCAAGGCUGAAGAGGCUGCCGACUCGGCUCCCUUCCACCUCGACCUCUGGUUCUACUUCACGCUGCAGAACUGGGUUCUGGACUUCGGCCGCCCCAUUGCCAUGCUGGUGUUCCCUCUCGAAUGGUUUCCACUCAACAAGCCCAGCGUCGGGGACUACUUCCACAUGGCCUACAACGUCAUCACGCCCUUCCUCCUGCUCAAGCUCAUCGAGCGGUCCCCGCGCACCCUGCCACGCUCGGUGGUCUACGUCUGCAUCAUCACCUUCACCAUGGGCGCCAGCAUCCACCUGGUGGGCGACUCCGUCAACCACCGCCUGCUCUUCAGCGGCUACCAGCACCACCUGUCGGUGCGCGAGAAUCCCAUCAUCAAGAACCUGAAGCCCGAGAGGCUGAUCGACUCCUUCGAGCUGCUCUACUACUAUGACGAGUACCUGGGCCACUCCAUGUGGUACGUGCCCUUCUUCCUCAUCCUCGUCAUGUACUUCAGCGGCUGCUACACCGCCUGCAAGGCCCAGAGCCGGAUGCCCGGGCCCGCGCUGCUGCUGGUGGCGCCCAGCGGCCUGUACUACUGGUACCUGGUGACCGAGGGCCAGAUCUUCAUCCUCUUCAUCUUCACCUUCUUCGCCAUGCUGGCUCUGGUCCUGCACCAGAAGCGCAAGCUCCUCUUCCUGGACAGCAACGGCCUCUUCCUCUUCUACUCCUUCGCCCUCACCCUGCUGCUCGUGGUGCUCUGGGUUGUGUGGCUGUGGAGCGACCCUGUACUCAGGAAGAAGUACCCGGGUGUCAUCUACGUCCCGGAGCCCUGGGCCUUCUACACCCUGCACGUCAGCAGUCAGCACUGACCUGGCCCUGGGGCUCCACGGCACGGUGUCUGAGCAGUGUGCAUGUGGGCGGGGUGUGCAUUCACACCUGGAUAGGUGCGUGCAUGCGUGUGCACGUUGGA